UCUUCUUCAACAAGUAGACACUCAUACCACCACCACCAUUCUGCUUCUUCAUCGUAUAGAUCAAAUCCUUAUUAUUCAGAAUGGGAUCAACAACAGCAUCGUAACUAUCCUUCAAAUAAUAAUAGCAAUAAUAUCAAUAGCAACUCUCACUAUCCUCCAUCUCCACUAAAACAUCCUUAUCCACAUCAUCAUGAUUAUAUAAAAGAUCAUUAUCAUUAUUCUUCCCCACCAAACGGUUAUGGUUCUUCUUCUUAUAAUACAGCAAAAUAUCAACAACAUUAUAAUUCAUCAUCACCAACGCCAUCAUCAUUAAUAUUAACAUCACCAUCGUCAUCAAUACCAUUAUAUUCUUCUGCAUCCACUACCCCGCAUACACCAAAUAAAAAAAUGCGCUUGGAAUUAUUACAGCCUGGAUCUGUUGAAUAUAUUGAAACAUUAAAUAAACUUCAUCCAUUUUCUUCAACUGGGAUUAGAUUUAAGUUGUUACCUCAAUAUUGUCAACGUUUGAGAGAUGCUGAAUUAGAUUUAAACGCGGAUGUUCUUAAAUCAGAACGUGAACUUGUAAAAUCUAUGUGGGAAUUAACUAAAGCUGAACAUAUUGUUGGUUCAGCAACAAGACAAUUUGAAAAACUUUAUAUCUAG